UUUCGUUUCCGGCUGAGACAAAGCUCAUUCCGCGACGUCUUCACCACCAUGCCCAAGUUUUAUUGUGACUACUGUGACACCUACCUCACCCAUGACUCGCCAUCAGUCCGCAAGACUCACUGUAGUGGUAGGAAACAUAAGGAAAAUGUUAAAGAUUACUAUCAGAAAUGGAUGGAAGAGCAAGCCCAGAGUCUAAUUGACAAGACCACUGCUGCAUUUCAGCAAGGCAAGAUACCACCAACACCGUUUGCAGCUCCGCCAGCUGGAAGUGCCAUGAUCCCACCACCACCGAGCCUAGGUGGCCCCCCACGUCCUGGUAUGAUGCCUGCACCUCCUAUGGCUGGCCCCCCAAUGAUGCAGAUGAUGGGACCUCCACCUGGAAUGAUGCUUGGACAUGGUAUGAGACCACCUAUGGGAGCGCACAUGCAGAUGAUGCCUGGACCUCCAAUGAUGCGCCCACCUUCCCGUCCCAUGAUGCUCCAAUCUCGGCCAGGCAUGGCACGACCGGACAGAUAGCAUGCUGGACAAAAUGCCUUUCCCUAAACAAUAAAGCCCAGUAGUGUGGGUGAUAAAGGGGUCAGCAAACUUUUGGCCAAUAUAUUACAAUUUUUGGUGUACUAAAGCAGUGACAGAUA